UUCUUUGCGCGACCAAUAAGGAACUGGUUGCGAGUUGGUAAACAGUCUCAAUUUCGAGUUUGCGGUUUGUCUUUCAGAGAUUAUCUCCAGUACGCAUAUAUAUACUAUUUGGAUAUUAUUGUGCAGUCGUUCGAGUGCGAGCAAUACGUAAAUAUAUGAUUUAGGUUGGCGUUUCUACCGCAGACUCUUCACGAACCUCUGAUUACUUCCCACUUCGCCACUUCAACACGGCCGAGCGUGAAACUGAAACUACUAUAUGCAGAAAAAGCCAAUGUUCAAGUGUCUCCAGGAUGAUGACCAAUACCUCCUUCCACAUAUGGUACUUUCUGAGCUUGGGCUUGGGCCUGGCCUGCGUGGUGUGCGUGUGUUUGUGGAACAGCCAGUGGCGUGGUGGUUUCGCCUGGGACGGCUCUUCCCGUCAGUUCAACUGGCACCCGGUCCUGAUGGUAACGGGCAUGCUGGUGCUGUACGGCAAUGGAGCUGUGUUGUACCGUGUCCCCCUGAAUUGGGGAGCAAAUAAACUUCCUCGGAAGCUGCUGCAUGCCGCACUGAUGCUCAUCGCGGUGAUACUUUCAGUUAUUGGACUUUGUGCUGUUUUUGGCAAUCACAAUGCCUCGAAAAUCCCCAAUUUAUACUCCCUGCACAGCUGGAUUGGAAUCACCACUACAGCUCUCUUUGCCACACAGUGGGCUGCAGGGAUGGCUGUCUUCCUCUUUCCGUGGUGCCCUGAUUCAUUGCGUAAACUGCUGAAACCCCAGCAUGUCUGGAUGGGAGGGGGUCUCAUGACUCUUUGCAUUGCAGCCUGUAUCUCGGGCAUUAACGAAAAACUCUUCUUUGUACUGAAAGGAAAUACCAAUGGGUCUCAGCCGUAUUCUCAACUUCCCACCGAGGCCUUGCUCGGAAAUUCAUUAGGAGUCUUGAUCGUAGCUUUUGGCUUAGUUGUCCUCAAGAUUCUGUCCACUCAUGAGUGGCAGUGGCCAGAAAGCCAGCCUGCAAAUCUGACCUACGCGCCAUUGCUCGAUGAAGAAAAUACGUAAUGGAAAUUGCAGUCAAAGCCAAAUUGGAGAAGUCAAUGGAACCAAAGAAGACAUUUUAAAUUAAAAGUUCUGUCUUGGGUGUUUAAAUAAGCAACACGUUUUUUUUUCUGUUUCCAGAAAUAUUUGUGUGUUUAAAUAAUAGUGUUUGUAAAUCACUUAUGACAUUAUCCCCAUUGUGGGAUUAAUAAAGGUUUAUUCUUA